AUGACACGAUUAGCAGCGGUUGGCUUCGUGUUGAUAAUUAGCUGUUUCGCACCGUCCGUCACUGGGUCGCUUGUGAGCACCGAAAAUGGACCGAUCAUUGGCGAGCACCGUGAACAUUACUAUGCCUUCGAGGGAUUACCGUACGCCAAGCCUCCGCUUGGAGACCUUCGAUUUGCCGCCCCGCAACCGUACGAUGAACCGUGGACCGAACCACGGAACGCCACCCAGCUUGGGCCGAACUGUAUGCAGUGGAAUCACCUGCUGCCCGGGGCGGAUAAGUUUUCCGGUGAGGAAGAUUGCUUGCACGCCAAUGUGUACACCACUACGCUAGACCAAUCGGCCAAGCUUCCGACGCUGGUUUACAUCCAUGGCGGUGCGUUCAUGUUCGGUGAUGGAGGAAUGUUUUCGCCGCGCCACGUCCUACAGAAACCGAUGGUGCUGGUCUCGUUCAACUAUCGCGUCGGUCCGCUCGGGUUCCUCAGCACCGAGGACGAUGCGAUUCCGGGAAAUUACGGGCUCAAAGAUCAGGUACUGGCCCUGCAGUGGGUGAAGCGUAACAUUCACCAUUUCGGUGGGGAUCCAGAUCGGGUGACGUUGGUUGGGUUUUCUGCCGGUGGGGCCAGUGUCCAUCUGCACUACCUUUCACCAAUGUCACGCGGACUGUUCCAGAAUGGAAUCGCCCACAGUGGCACCGCCCUGAACCCUUGGGUGAUGGCUGAAGGGUCGGCACAGAAAGCGAAACGAAUCGCACAAGGCCUCGCUUGCCCCACCGAUCAUAGUGAAUCGUUGCUGCGGUGUCUGCGGCAGCGUCCCGCGGAAGACAUUGUGCGCCAAGUGCCAUUCUUUCUCGACUAUCUCUACAAUCCGUUCACUCCCUUCGGGGUCGUCGUCGAGAGGCAAAGUAAAGCCAACAGCAGACCCUUCCUGCCGGACCAUCCAACGGUGCUUUCGAAGAAGGGAAAGCUGACCAAAGUUCCACUCGUACUGUCCGUGGCGCAGGCCGAGGGUGUGUAUCCGGCUGCCGAGUUUAUUAGCAACCCAAAGUACCUGCAGGACAUCGAUGAGCACUGGCACGAAUUGCUGCCCAGCAUUUUGGACUACAAAACGGCCGUGCCGGAUCCGAAGCAACGCUUCGAACUUUCGACGGCCAUCAGCCAACAGUACUUUGGAAACGAUCGUAAACUGUCGCCGGACAACUAUCAUAAAUUGGUUUCGAUUCUCUCCAACCGCCUCUUUGUCGAGGGCAUUACGCGCACAGCAAAAUUGCUGCAGCCACACCUUCCGGUCUACUUCUAUUACUUCAACUUUAAAACAGUUUACGGACUGGGUGAACUGCUGUCCGGUACCGACAACAAUCUUGGCGUGGCACACGGUGAUGACAUGUUGCUCAUCUUCCCCAGCGACUUUCGGGACGACCAUCCAUACAGCGACGAAGAACUGAAGGUGGUGUCCAAUUUCCUCACCCUGUACGACACGUUCUCGCGCGGACUGCCUCCAAAGUACGGCCAACAUGAGUUACCCGUUCAGAACGUGCCAGGGCAGCUGCGGUUCCUCGAGGUGCAGCAUCCCAAGUGUUGCGAGGUGAAAACGGCUUACGGCGUUAGCGACGAGACGUUCUGGGAGAAGCUCGAUUUCAACGAGGACCCAACGAAAAACGUUCCGACGAUGCCUCACUCUGAACUGUAGGGGGUUCG